UGAUUGAUUGAUUGAAUGAAUAAAAGUAACAUUCAUUUAUCAUCUUUAAACAUAUGUUGGCAUCCACGUAGUAAUACUAUAUCUUCGACAGCAACCGGAACAAAAACAAAGUCUAAAAUAGAAGUGCCUCAAUCUUUAUCAAAUUGUGGCAUUAAUAAAUCAUCAUCAUCAUCAUCGACAAAUCGAUCAAUUAAUGUUAACAAUGGUAAAAAUCCCAAACAACAACAACAACAACAACAACAAAAAUCACCUAUGAUGAUAAUGGAUAAUGAUGAUGAUUCAAAACAAUCAAUAACAAUGACAAAAACAAUAAAAUCAAUGAAUCAUAUUGAUUCAAAAUUAUUAAAUCAUCAACAUCAUCAUAAUAAUAGAAAAUUAUCAUUUGAACAACAACAACAACAAUUGAAUGGUGAUAUCGAUAAUUCGGAUAUCGGUGAUAAUAAUGAAACAAAUACUAUUGAAGAUUGGUUGGAUGAACAUCCUGAUUUUGUAAAUAAUUAUGUUAUACGUAAAGUAUCACGUACAAUUAUUGAUAAAUGGCUUGUAACACAUUCAGCAUCAUCAAUGGGAACAUUUUUUUCAAAUAACAAUAAUAAUAAUAAUAAUACUGCAACAAUACAGCAAACAACGGUAUCAAAAGUAGCUGAUUCAGGUGCCAAUACACCUGUACGAAAAAUAUCGGCACAUGAAUUUGAAGCUAGUGGUGGUGGUUAUUUACGACCAAUGAUAUCGACAACAUGUGAUGGAGCAUUAACAUUUUUAUCGAUACAAGAUUCUUCACAUAAUUUAUCGAGUAGAGAAAAUUCUUUAACAACAACAACAACAAAUGAUUCGAUUGAUUUGCUUAAUAAUACAUCAGGUUUAUCUGGUUCGUUUGGACAACAUAGAUCAUCACGGCAACGUUCAUCAAUUAUAUCGUUACGUACACGUGAACAAUUUGAAUCAAAUAGUACGGAUGAACGUGAAUUAAUAUUUGAAUUAGUUAAAGAUAUUUGUAAUGAUUUAGAUGUAAAAUCAUUAUGUCAUAAAAUAUUGAAAAAUGUUAGCAUUUUAACACAGGCUGAUCGUUGUUCAUUAUUUUUGGUAAAAGGUGAAAAAGAUGGUAUUGAUAAUAGAUAUCUGGUCAGUCAAUUGUUUGAUGUUUGUGGACAAUCAACUAUUGAACAAGUUUCAAAAAAUGAAGAAAUUAUUAUACCAUGGGGUACAGGUAUUGUUGGUCAUGUAGCUGAAACUGGUGAACCGGUAAAUAUACCUGAUUGUUAUCAGGAUUCACGUUUUACCGAUACAAUUGAUCAAAAAACUGGUUAUAAAACCUGUAAUAUGUUAUGUUAUCCUAUAUUUGAUAUUGAUGGUGAAGUGAUGGGAGUAGCACAAGUGAUAAAUAAAAAAGAUUCCAAAUGUUUUGAUAAAAAUGAUGAAAAUGUUUUUGCAAAAUAUUUACAAUUCUGUGGAAUUGGUUUAAGAAAUGCACAAAUUUAUGAACGAUCACAGUUAGAAAAUAAACGUAAUCAGGUAUUAUUGGAUCUGGCAAGAAUGGUAUUUGAAAAACAAUCAUCUAUUGAAAAUAUUAUCUACCGUAUUUUGAUACAUGUUUUAUCAUUAUUACAAUGUGAACGUUGUCAGAUUAUGUUACUUGAAUGUGAUGAUGAUGAUGAGGAUGAUGAUUUUUUUGGUCCUAUGGAUUUUAAAAAUCGUCACCAAGAUGAUUCACCAAUGAAACAUUCACAACAAACCAUAAAUAAUCAUUCAUCCGAUAGAAGUCCAAUAUCUGAUUGUCCAAGUAGUAAUGGAUCAAGUUGUUCGGAAUCAAUUUAUGAUCUACAAGCAAAUCAUGCUACAAUGGCUACACGUAGUUUUUAUCGUGUAUUCGAUCUGCAAACAAAAGAUUUAGAACAACCGGAUUUUGAAAAAAAUCAAACAGCACCAUUUGAAGGUCGAUUUCCAAUCAAUAUUGGUAUUACAGGUUAUGUAGUUACUACUGGUGAAACAUUAAACAUUGCCGAUGCAUAUAAUGAUUGUCGUUUUGAUCCGAUUGUCGAUGAACAAGAUGAUAAUGAUGAUAAUGAUGGUAAUAGAUUUCGACAUAGAAAUAUUCUUUGUAUGCCGAUUCGUAAUGCAACACGAAAGAUUAUUGGUAUUGCACAAUUGGUGAAUAAAUUGAAUGGCCGUCCAUUCAAUAAAAAUGAUGAAAAUCUGUUUGAAGCAUUUGCCAUAUUUUCCGGAAUGGGCAUAGAAAAUACGAAUAAAUUUGAAAAAGCAGUCAAAUCAAUGGCUAAACAAAAAGUUACAUUAGAAUUGUUAUCAUAUCAUGCAUCGGCAAGUGAACAGGAAGCAUCGAAAUUUGCCCGAAUGUUAAUACCAUCUACAAGCAGUCUUUCAUUAUCUAGUCUACGAUUUGAUGAUUUUAGUUUGAAUGAAGAUCAAAUGAUAAAAGCUUGUAUAAGAAUGUUUAUCGAUUUAGAUUUAAUUGAACGUUUUCAUAUUGAUUAUAAAGUUCUUUGUAGAUGGAUACUUAGUGUACGAAAAAAUUAUCGUCCAGUUUUAUAUCAUAAUUGGCGACAUGCAUUUAAUGUUGCACAGAUGAUGUUUGCAAUAUUUGUUAAUACGGAAUUAUGUUAUGUAUUGGGUGAACUCGAAACAAUGGCAUUGAUUGUUGCUUGUCUUUGUCAUGAUCUUGAUCAUCGUGGUACGAAUAAUUCAUUUCAAAUUAAAACUAGUUCACCACUUGCACAAUUAUAUUCAACAAGUACAUUGGAACAUCAUCAUUUUGAUCAAUCAUUAAUGAUAUUGAAUAGUCAAGGCAAUCAAAUAUUGAGCAAUCUAUCGCCGGAAGAAUAUCGUCGUGUUGUACAUGUAAUGGAAGAGGCAAUAUUAGCCACUGAUUUGGCCAUAUAUUUUCGUAAUCGUGAUAAAUUUUUUCAACUAGUCGAACAAAUGAAUACGAAUGGUCAACGUGAUUGGUCGGAUGAAAAUAAUCGUUCAUUAUUACGAUCAAUGUUGAUGACUUGUUGUGAUAUAGCUGCUAUUACAAAACCAUGGCAAACACAAAAAGUAGUUGCCGAUUUAGUGGCCAGUGAAUUCUAUCAACAAGGUGAUAUUGAAAAAGAACAACUUAAUAUUGAACCGAUUGAUAUGAUGAAUCGUGAGAAAAAAGAUGAAUUACCAAAAAUGCAAAUAUCAUUUAUUGAUACAAUUUGUUUGCCAAUAUAUCAGGCAUUUGCCAAAUUAGGACCAUCACCAAUGAAAAUAUUAUUGAAUGGUGUUAUUGAUAAUCGUGAAGCAUGGCAUCUAUUAUCAAGUCAACCAUAUCAAUUAAACAUUCGACAAACCAAUUCGACCUCAACCUCGACCUUAACAACAACAGCGACAAUGUUAAAAUCAUCAUCACCACCACCACCAUCACUUAUCGAAACACCACCAUCAUCAUCAUCAAUUGAUAUUGUGGAUGAUAAACCGAAAGAUAAUGAUGAUAACUGACAUUAACACAUUAUUUAAACCACAUUUUUUUCUAUAACACACUAUAUGCACGAUAAAUUUCAAUCAUUGCAAUCUGUUACUUGU